AGAGCGGUUGCGGUGUUUUUGUAUUUUAAAAUAAUUGUUAUUCAUACGAUGCUUUUAAAUAAAGUGCUAAUUAAAUAAGUUGUACGUUUUUUUGAGCUAGUUAAUGUAACAUUGUAUUUUUAUUUUCAAAUAUCGUCUCUAAGUUUGCUCAUUUUUAUUAUAAUAGUGAAAGAUGGACGAAAAUCACGGUCUGUGUUAAUUUAGCGUAUCGUUGUUGCCGUCGUGAAAAAAAUGUGGACUAUUUAAGUACCUAGUUAAUAGGAGAAAAGUGAAGAUUCAACAGUGUUUUAUGAUCAAAUGCAGUUAUGGCUAGCGAUGAGUCCAGUGUGCGUGUUGCAGUCAGAAUCCGUCCACAAACGCCAGCGGAAGUGGUCGAUGGCUGCGGCGUAUGCGCGCGCGCAGGUGGCGCGGCCGGUGACGGAGGCAUCGCGCUCGGCUCCGAACGCGCGUUCACCUUCGAUUACGCCUUCGAGCCGACCUCCGACCAGCAGGAUGUCUACGACACUUGCGUUAGGAAGCUCGUGGAGGCAGCUCUCGAUGGAUACAAUGCCACAGUGCUUGCAUAUGGACAGACCGGGUCCGGGAAAACUUACACAAUGGGAAGUGGGUGGGAGGGGGAACACGUAGAUGACGACAAAAAAGGGAUCAUUCCUCGGGCGAUACGCGAUCUCUUUGCCGGCGCUGAAGAGAGGGCGGACACGGCGCGGUCGCAGGGUCAGCUGCCGCCGGAAUUCUCAGUCCAAGCACAAUUCAUCGAGCUCUACAAUGAAGAUAUAGUAGACUUGCUCGAUCCCGCCAAAGAUCCCUUUUCGAAGGGUACCUUAAGGAUAACUGAAGAUGGCUGUGGAGGUGUUCGUAUAGUGGGCGCAUCGAUGCGCGCCGUCAGAGGUGCCAAAGAGGCUCUCGGGGCUUUAAGGGCGGGAGCAUUGGCACGUACGACAGCAGCUACUAACAUGAACUCCUCCUCAUCCCGGUCGCAUGCAGUGUUCACGUUGCUGCUUAGACAGAGAAGGCUUGCGGCAGAUCAGGAUGGUGUAGAAAGAGAAACAGAUGGCGAGACUCCUGAGCAGUAUGAGACACUGACUGCCAAGUUUCAUUUUGUAGAUUUGGCUGGGUCUGAACGACUAAAGCGUACAGGUGCCACCGGAGAAAGGGCGAAGGAAGGAAUAUCGAUUAACUGUGGUCUGUUAGCGCUAGGCAAUGUUAUAUCAGCAUUAGGUGAUAAGUCGCGCAGAGUACUUCACGUUCCAUACCGGGAUUCCAAAUUGACGAGGCUGCUACAGGAUUCAUUAGGAGGUAACAGUAACACAGUUAUGAUAGCGUGCGUGUCGCCCAGCGACAGGGACUUUAUGGAAACCCUCAACACACUCAAAUACGCAAACCGCGCGCGCAACAUCAAGAACCGCUGCGUCGUCAACCAGGACCUUACGUCGCGAACUAUCAGCCAACUUAGACAAGAGGUUGCGAGGUUGCAGCUUGAGUUGGCGGAGUAUAAACAGGGCAAACGUGUCGUAUCCGAGAACGGCGAAGAAGGUUGGAGCGACGUGGUACAAGAGAACGCUUUCCUCAACGUAGAAGUGGAAUCCCUUAGGCGAAGGAUAAAAGCCAUGCAGGGUACCAUAGAGCAGCUAUCGGCCAGGAAUAGCGAAUUAAUUGCCGAGAAGGCUUUGGGGACGUGGGCGCCUAAGGAUGGCAGUCCAGAUGCUUCAGAUUGUUCUUUAACCGCUUUAGUGCAGGGUUACGUAACUGAGAUAGAAGAUCUUCGAGCUCAGUUGAUGGAAGCUAACGCGUUAUACGAGCAGAACCGGAGAAGAGAAGCUCGCACCAGACAUGACUCUUCGUUAUUGGACACCUCCUCAAUACUUGACGAGGCGAAGAGGGAACUAUAUAAGGAAAAAGAACUCUUAGCUCGAAGUAUGGGCGAGCUCGAGUUCCAACGCAAACUGACUGAGGGUUCUGGAAAUACAAUCAUCGGGGAAAGAGAACGCGCCGAAGGCGAGAGCGCCGAAGAUUCGGAUCCGUCAGACAACGACGACCCGGAACAACAGGCUAGCGAUUCCGAUGAAGAAGACACUGAAGUUAAAGGCCAGCGACUUCUGACCGCCCAGCUCGCGAUGCUGAGCGAAGACAUAGACACAAAAGCUCGUCUAGUGGACCAGUUAGAAGCGUCGCAGCGUAGACUGGCCGCACUGCGUACGCAUUACGAGCAACGCCUGGAACAAUUGCACGCACAGAUCAAAGCUACGGGAGAGGAAAGAGACAAAGUCCUCGCUUCGCUUACAACGCAGUCGUCGCAACCGAGCGACAAGCUGAAACGGGUGAAGGAUGAGUACGAGCGUCGUAUCAGCACCAUGUCCCGGGAGCUGAGACGGUUGCAAGCGGCGCAAAGAGAACACGCCCGUCUGCAGCGCUCGCAGCAACACACGGCGCAACAGAUACACGCUCUGAGAAACGAACUCACCAAUCUGAAGAGAGAUAAGGUGAAGUUAGUACAGCGCAUGCGCACGGAGUCCAAACGACACGCGCAAGCGGAAGCGGUCCGAGCUAAAGAAGUGGCUCAGCUACGAAAGGAAUCUCGAAAGAAUGCGAAUCUAAUCAGAAGUCUUGAAGCAGAAACUAGAUUGAAGGAACAGGUAUUGAAGAGAAAGCAAGAAGAAGUAUCACUAUUAAGGCGAGGGCAUCGUGACAAGCUCAGUAGCAGAGCUGCUGGCCGAUUACACGAUCGGCGCGGCAGAUCUCGAAUAUCCGGGCGAGAGCUUUGGUCCCGUCUCGAGUGCUGGUUAUCCCGGGCCUGCGCUGCUCGGUGCACUCUUGGCGAACUGGAAGCGACCCUGGAACAUCAGUUACGGCAACGGGAUCGCGCCACUGGAUCAAAUGACCCCGAAUCAAAGGCCAUGCUGAGCUAUCUGCGAGACGCCAUCGCUGAUACGCAGUCACAGAUAAUGCAAAUUGAGGAAGAGAAUGAAGAGAACGAGUUACCGCGACUCCUGGAACUGGUGGAUGGAGAGUGUGCGAGGUACUCCAUGGAACGACUGGCUGGGGCUGCGUUACUACGAGCGCACGAAGCCGCGAGGCAUAUGAAGGCGCUUUGCGAUACCCGUGCACAACUUGCUGAGUUGGAAGAGAAAUCGGAGAGGACAGCGAGUGCCCUGAGAGCAGCUGAAGACCAAAACCUCAACCCGUGGGGUGUUCCGCCCGCACUAGCCGCCCUCCUGGCCAAUGUUUCCUCUGGCACCUCAACCCGAUCAGUCUCGCCUGUUGACACUGCUCUUUUGGACGUACGGCCGCCUGUUAUCGGAAAACGAGAGUCUAACACCGCUCCGACAUCGCCUCCAGAUGACAUCAGAAACUCGCCUUUCCAUCGCAACACCGGUCGUCGGGGAUCUGUACGCCUACGUGACCUUGGCGUGUACGGUCGAGAAGAGAACGGCGAAUCAGUAGACCCCAUGACCCAGUCUAUGGUAGAACCCACAAGCCCACGACCCGCACCUCUCAGUCGAGUGCCUAGCGCUCCCGGCAGCCUCAGGGGUCUUCAACCAGUGGGCGGCAUAGUGUCGCCGGUCGCGCCACGCCGUAUGCCCGAGAGCCCUCGCUUGAUUCGACGACAGCACAGUCUCGCCAAACCUGCCUCAUUGGAGCCCGGAGCAGAAGCUACGCCACCUGCGUCUCCCAGUGCUGCGAGGAGGUCGAGAGAUGACGACGUAUUCUUACGACUGACAGGUGCCGCGCCUGAUAACGCUCCUCAGGGCACCGUCAAGGAAGUUUCCGUUAAGCGCACAAAUUUGGGUGUUGGCAGCAAUGUAAGCGGGAAUAGUUCGUGGCUGCAAUGCACCCACGUGGCUGAAGGACACGUAGGCGCCGCACUGACGCUCGCAGUAACGCCGCUUGCUCUCUACAGCGGAGGAGUCGACCGCACCGUUCGCGGCUGGGACCUAUCGGGCGGGAGGGAGGCGUGGCGCGCGUGGUGCGGAGGUGCCGUGGCGGCACUUGCGGCUGACUCGCGCCUCGUUGCCGCUGCUGCGGGUGCGGCCGUCAAACUAUUCGACACGAGGACUAGCGGGCCCAACGCUGUUCUGUGGUCAUCAGGUGCUGUCGGUCCAACGGCUGCGGUGCGCGGAGGCGAGGCGGCGGUGACAGCUAUAUCUUUAGCCUCCACGAGCCGCUUGUACACUGCUGCCGGGGAAAAGUUGCGGCUAUGGGACUUGCGAAUGCUGGAGUGCGUAUACAAAGCGUGGUCGGGGCACGCUGCAGCGGUCAUGUGCCUCGCUCGGGAACCUUUAUCCAGCGGAGACCGUCUCGCUACGGGCUCGAGGGACCAUUGCGUGCGCGUGCACGACUUGCAACAUAAUAGUGGGACAUGGGAGGCAUGCAACCGUCGACAAUUGGAACCGCCACACUACGACGGCGUACAAGCUUUGUACCUACGUGGUAACUUCCUCUACAGCGCAUCACGUGAUUCGAGCCUCAAAUGCUGGUCUUUGACGGAUAACGCGCUCACUCAUAGCGUGAUGAACGCCCACAAAGGAUGGGUGACGGGACUAUGCGCAGUGGGCACGGGGCUCGCGAGCUGUGGCCGGGACCAGGCGCUGCGACUGUGGAGCGGGACACUGCGCCCCGCCGCCCCGCCCGCGUCACUGCCCGACGCCCCGCACACACUCGCCGCGUGUCCCGCCACGCACACACUCUACACGGCCGGCAGCACGGGUCGCGUGCGGUGCUGGCGACUUCGCCCCACCAGCUCGGCGAGGUGACAGUCGCCCGCGGCGCCGCCGGAGCCCCGAGCGCGCCGAGCCUGGCGGUGACCCUCGCAUUCAUCAGGUCUGGACACACCACGACUCUCCGACACUCAACCAUCGGACUUGCCUUGGGACUCAAAGUUCGAUCGCCUGCGUAGCAUCAGCAUUUGAAAGAAAAUCCAUUACUCAAUGGAACCCUUGCCUUGUGAAUUUAGGUAUGAAUAUCGGCCCAAAUAGUAUAAAAACGCCAAAACAAACAAAAUAUACUCUAAGAAUGAAAGUUUCACGUUCUGGCCACGGGAUAAAUGCCAGUCACUAGACGGUUAUGCGGUUGCGUAUAGCCAUUCAUAUACAUAACAUGUCUACAAAUUGUAAAUUAAUUUAUACCGAUUUAAAGUCGUGUAAAAAUCAUAAUAUAUGACCUGUGGUACGAAAAAAUACGUAUCGCCCAACCAGCGGUCUGACGACCAAUUAUUUGUUUCCUUUAUAUAAAGAAAAGUACAUCUUGAUCUUAAGUAUGUACCCAGUUGACAAAGCAAAUACGAUUAAAUAACUUCUAACUUUAUCGAUAUAAACAUGACAAUAGUUUUGGCCGACAAUACGCUGAAAGUAGCUAGCGAUAGAUACCACGUAGAAAAUACGGUGUUGAAUAGUUCCUUAAAUAAAUAUUUGAGUUCCAAUUAAAUGUUUUGUCAAUACGGAAUUUUUAAAUGUUAAAAUGCAUUAAUCGACUAAAUAGUAUUCAUACAUCCAUCACGUUUUACUAUUUGUCUAUGCUACAGUAGCUGUCCUACUGUGCAAGUGAUAGCAAUACAUUUUUAAACAUACAACACGGAUAAACACUUAGAUAAAUUAUAACGUAUCCGCUGCGCUUCAACUAGAUAGUCUUACUUCAGAACAAUAACUCUUGAAUACGGCGAGUUUGGAUUGUUGGAUUGAAGAUAUUGUCAGUUACCACACAAAAUCUUGUCUUUAGCUGCUAUCACAGAUGGCGUUAGUGGUAAAAUAAAUGCAUCUAUGGUUGUGCGAUUAAAGAAAUUUAAGAUCUUCAUAUCAAUCUUAUCUUUCAAUUUUAUUAAGCAUUCCAUAUGAUUUAUCGCAUCAAAUUAUUAAGUAGAUACUGUUUUGUGGAUGUCGCUU